AUGUUAUCAAAUAGAACGUUCAACAAAUUAACAAAUAAUGAUGAUAUUACAACGGAUUGGUGCACAAGCGAAUUUAUAACGGAAUGUUUAUGUUGGCAUAAUGUUUACAGGCAACAUCAUAAUUCACCACCAUUGACUUUAAGCCCUGAAUUGUGUAGCUAUGCUCAAGAAUGGGCCAACACAUUAGCACACAUGAAUAUAUUUUUCUAUAGGCCUGAUGCAAAAAAUAUUGGACAAAAUAUUUAUUGUAGGCUAAAUGUUAAAGAACCAGGAGAUGUAACUGGACAAGAGGUGGCUUGGUAUUGGUAUAAGGCAUUCAGACAGUAUAAUUUUAUGGGAAAACCUAAUUUGUUGCAUACUAAUUCCAAUGCAGGUCAUUUUACACAACUUAUUUGGGCAAGUAGUUGUGAUAUUGGAAUAGGAAUUGCAAGGAGCAGAAGUGGAAAAGUUAUGGUUGUUGCUAAUUAUCGUCCACCUGGAAAUAUAACAGGACAAUUUAAAAAAAAUGUUUUCCUUCCAACGGAUGAAGAUGAAAAAUUUUUGAAAAUCAGACAUUGA